GCGCCGCCUCGCUGGGCCAUCAGCAACGCUCCUCACCCUCUCUGCACUGCGCUCAAACUAUGUGCCACUCGCGCAACCACGUCCACACCAUGACUGGCCUGCCAGCCCCGGCCCCCGCUCCCUCCACCGGCUCGGAACUCCGGCGGGGCUCCGGUCCCGAGAUUUUCACCUUCGACCCUCUCCCGGAGCGGGCGGUGGCGCCUGCCGCGCGUCUCCACACUUCCCGCGGGCACCGAAAACGCAGCCGAAGGGUUCUCUACCCUCGAGUGGUCCGGCGCCAGCUGCCAACCGAGGAACCCAACGUUGCCAAGAGGGUCCUCUUUCUCCUGCUCACCAUCGUCUUCUGCCAGAUCUUGAUGGCCGAGGAAGGUGUGUCGCAGACCCUGGCUCCGGAGGACGCCACCAGCGCCGCGACACCUGAAACCCUCUCUGCGCUCAUGACUGAGCCCCCGGUCCUCGAGCCCUUGAAUCUGACCUCGGAGUCCUCGGACUAUGCUCUGGACCUCAAAGCUUUCCUUCAGCAACACCCCGCGGCCUUCUGAAUGCGCCCGGUCACACCUGGCCCGGAAAAAAACAACAAAGGCACCAGGCGUAUCUGGUGCGCCAGAGCGUAUCCCAAACUGGGACUUAUAAGGCGAUGCUAACUCACAACACUACAGCCAAGACGCCGGUGCUUGAGGCGAGCCCGAGCUCGCAGGCACCGUGGGUCCUGGCGAGGCCUACUGGGAAGGACCGAAGCCUUCUCAGCGUCCUAAUUAAUAUUUAUAUAUUUAUGUAUAACCUCCUAGGUGAAGGAGGGGGUGUAUGUAAUAUUUAUUUUAACUUAUGCAGGGGUGCGGGAUAUGCCCCCUUGCCGUAACACUGACAUCUGGAUUAUUUAUUAAUGAUUUAUGGGUUCGGUGAGACAGAGCGGUGGGAGGGAGGGCCGGGGUGGGGAUUAGACUUGGUGGUUGGUCAUGGGUUUAGGGGCAACACUCCGUCUUCCAGCCCCUCACUUCUGUAGUCUGUUGUAAGGCUUUCGGGACACCCUUGGGGGAUCCGGUCUGUGGCCUUUGAUGUCUUCCUGGUUGCUUCUCAGGAGAGGCUGCGGGAGUCUUGGGUCCACGGAUUGUCAGAGGGCGGCUGUUGGGGGUCGCCUUAGUAUGUUCUGUGAACACGAAUAAACUUGAUUGCCGGUUAUUACUAUCA